UCACUUCGUGCCGGACUCCGCUCGGGGAGGUGUCGCGCACUGACGGCGUCGCCAUGGAGCUGAGGGCGGGUGUUUCCAAAGAGGACAUUCGUGGGCAGAUUUGGGACUACAUGGAGGCGCGGAAUUUAGCUGAUUUUCCCCGGCCUGUUCAUCACAGGAUUCCCAACUUCAAGGGCUCUUUUCUGGCUUGCCAAAACAUCAAAGACCUCGAGGUUUUUGCCAGAACGCAGGAAGUUAAAGUGGACCCUGAUAAACCGCUGGAAGGCGUCCGGCUGCUGGCGCUGCAGAGCAAAAAAACAUUGUUGGUUCCAACACCACGACUGAGAACGGGGUUGUUUAAUAAGAUCACACCACCCCCCGGAGCAACUAAAGACAUCUUGAGAAAAUGUGCCACCUCUCAGGGCGUGAGGAACUACAGCACUCCCGUGGGCUUGGAUUCCAGGGUCCUUGUGGACUUAGUGGUGGUGGGGUCCGUGGCUGUUUCUGAAAAAGGCUGGAGAAUUGGGAAGGGAGAAGGUUAUGCCGACCUUGAAUACGCCAUGAUGGUGUCGAUGGGAGCGGUCAGCCAGGAGACGCCAGUGGUCACCAUCGUCCACGACUGCCAGGUUGUCGACCUACCUGAAACCCUCCUCGAGGAUCACGACCUCACCGUGGACUAUAUUCUCACUCCAACUCGAGUCAUCACCACGGGGUGUGAGCGCCCCAAGCCAGCAGGAAUUGUGUGGUCUAAGAUCAGCUGUGAGAUGAUGGGGAAAAUGCCAGUCCUCAGAAGCCUGCGCUGCCGAGAGGAGCAGGCCGGGAAGGACGUCACCCUUCAGGAUAAACACUGGAGCCUUCCGGGUGCCCGGGCCGCCCUGAGCACCAUCAGAAGCCCGCGGGAGCUGCCCUCGCUGGAAUCGGGCUCCUUGCAGGGGGAGGAUGUGCCGUCCAGCACUGUUUACGUCGGGAACCUCCCCCGGGACGCCCGGGUGAGUGAGCUGAAGCGAGCCCUCAGCGCACGGGGCGCGGCGCCCUCACGGCUCACUUGGCAGGGGCCGCAGCGCAGGGCCUUCCUCCACUACCGGGACCCGGCCGAGGCCUGGCAGGCCAUCUCCCGCUUGCAGGGCUUCUGUCUGGGCGCCAACACAGCGAGGGUGGCGCUGGCCAGGCAUCAGGGGGCCAGUGGCCCGGUGGGCAGCCACGCUGGAGAGCCACACCCUAACCCGUGACAACAUCCCGCUCCGGCCUCCGGCGAACUUCAGAGCCCAGCACAGCGGGGUGUGGUGGAGCUUUGCUGCACAAGCUGCUUUGAGUUCAGUCC